CUGUUCAGUUGUGCUACUUUAUUAUAAUUUCAGGUGUUCUAGAGACUGUUCUCCUUCGUCAAAGUUUAUGCAAGAGAACGCUUGUCGCCCUUCAGAUUAGUAGAGGUUCCACCAAGAGUGCAACACACACCAGUAAAGUUCCAAAGAAGAAGAAAAUGGAGUAUCCGAAAGUACGCAGAGACGAAUCGUUCUUUGAAGAGCAUCAUGGCGUCAAGAUUCACGAUCCGUACAGAUGGCUUGAAGAUCCAGACUCCGAAGAAACCAAGGCAUUUGUGGAUGCUCAGAAUAAUAUCACUGUACCCUACUUGGAGAAAUGUCCAGCUCGAGAAAGCAUCAAGUCUCAGUUAACCAAUUUGUGGAAUUAUCCUAAAUAUUAUUGUCCUUUCCGAAGAGGCACCCGCUAUUUCUUCUUCAUGAAUUCUGGAUUGCAGAACCAGAGUGUUAUGUACGUUCAAGACUCCUUAGAUAGUGAAGCUAGAGUAUUCCUAGAUCCCAACAAGCUCUCUGAAGAUGGGACCAUUGCGAUUUCAGGCUCAGCAUUCAGUGAAGAUGGAGAGAUCUAUGCUUAUGGUCUGAGUAGUAGUGGCUCUGAUUGGAUAUCCAUUCAUUUCAAGAAGGUGGCUUCUGGCGAAGAUUAUCCAGAAGUUCUAGAAAAAGUCAAGUUCUCCAGUAUAUCUUGGACCCAUGACAACAAAGGAAUCUUCUAUGGGAGAUACAUCGACCAUGAAGGGAACAGCUGAUGGCACAGAGACAUCUAGUAACGAGAACCAGAAGCUCUUCUACCAUAGAGUUGGAACUCCUCAGAGCGAGGACGUCUUGGUCGUCGAGUUUCCCGAGCAUCCAAAGUGGCGCAUCGCGUGCAAGGUCUCAGAUUGUGGGAGAUACCUGAUUGUUUUGCCGCGUGAGGGUUGCCGAGACAAUUUACUUUACUUUGCACUCCUGCCAGAGAUUAUCACCUCUAAGUUAGAAGUCACUUGUAUUGUUGACAAGUUUGAAC